CACUCUCGUAACAUGGGACCCGGACCACCAAUCGAGUCUUCUAAGACGCCUUGACGGACUUGGUUGACGACCACUUCGGAGUCGCCUUCGACUAUCACGUGGGUCAAGGAUCUUGAGGCUACAGAGGAGAUAACAUCCCUGAAAGCUAGAAGUUCAAACAUAUAAGGUUUGACUAUUCCUUAACUUAUAUUUGCCUCGUUGAUAUGAGAAGACAAAGAUAAAAAGGAGGGGUAGAUUGGUUAUAAAUGAUGUACUUCAAAAUUCAUGAUCAAUUACCAUCUGAAGAGGUGGAACUUUCAAAUCCGUGAGGUUCGCGGAUUUGUAGUCUUAAAGUCCACGGGGGUCCACGAAUUUGUUGCUACCUAAAUACAUGAAGUAAACAUAGGAUUUGGACAAAAGUCCAUAAUGAAUCCAAAUCCAUCAAGCAAACAAUCUCCUUGAUAAAAGAAAGACGUAUUAGUCGUUAAUAGGUUCUAACUCGACAAGUAAUUAGGAAUACGACGAACAUUGAUAGUGUUUUCAAAAUUGUACGAUAUUGGCGGUUAGAUCCAACAAAUUGUUUAUCGAGGAUUAAGCCGGUAUCUAAUUUCAAAGUAUGAAUUGGUUGAAUUACAGUUAAAGUACAUUUUCAACACAAAAUAUCAAGAAUUUCGAAAUCGUACUGGAAAUUAUAUAAAAAAAGUUAUUGAUAGAUAAAUUAUACUAAAAUCGAAAUUUAACCAUUUCAUACUAUUAAAGUCACAUAUCGAUUUAAGAUCUCAUACAAAUAUUUUUGGUUCAACCGAUUCAAUAUAAUUUUAAAAAAUUAGAAAGUAUCCUAACAAGCUACCACUUACUUUCCCCGUAAGUUUGCGAUGCUAUUUUAGGAUUCGUAGAAAUUGAAAAUUUGCCCAUAAUAAAAAAAUAAAAAGAAAUUGAAAAUUUGGAAUUGGAGCGUUAGGGAGAGAGUGAAUGGGCUGCUCUGUUUCUUUUAGGCCCAAAAGGGGUCUAGCGUAGAAAAUAAGGACCAGCCCAAUUAGGUAUUCGUUGGUUCUUCCCCCCAGUAGCCAGUAGGCGCCGCUCCCCGGAAGGAGAAACAGAGCAGCCGAACGACCAAAGACAGCGGGAAGGGAGAAUGGCGGAGAUUGGAACGGAAGCACAACAAGCAGCAGAAGCGGCGCCGGUAGUCGUGAGGAUCUUCGUCGGUGGGCUAGGGGAGCGGGUCUCCGACGAUGACUUGCAGAAGAUUUUCUCGUCAAGGGGAUUAGGGAAGGUUGAAACGGUUGAAAUCAUCCGAACCAAAGGCCGGAGCUUUGCCUAUAUCGACUUCUUCCCCUCGGCCGAUAACUCCAUCUCCAAGCUCUUCUCUACUUACAAUGGUUGUGCGUGGAAGGGUGGCAAGCUGCGGCUGGAGAAGGCCAAAGAGGAUUACCUUGCUCGCCUGAAGAAGGAAUGGGCUGAAGAUGCUGCUAAGCUUGAGGCUCUAUCUUCUAACGAUGACAAGAAAGUGGAGCCUCCUCCACUGCCGACUAAGGAGGACUUACAUGAUGAGAAGAUGAGCUUUUUCUUUCCCAGAUUAGGAAAGGUGAAAGCAAUCCCACUCACUGGAAGUGGGAAGCACAAGUACAGUUUCCGGCGUGUGGAAGUUCCUCCACUUCCUACAUAUUUCUGUGACUGCGAAGAGCAUGGUGGUAAUGCUGAGCCUGUCAAGAGGAAACAGAAUCUUGGUCUGAGUGAGCGAGAUGAUGGGUUGAAUGAGCAAGAAAUUAACUUGAUGAACUCGGUCAUGAAUAAGCUGCUUCAGAGAGAGGCUGUCCCAAAGCCUGCGGGUAGUGGCAGCCUGGAUAUCGAAAUAGAUAAGGAGAACGACCAGAAGGAAGCAGCCGCGGAGGCAGAUGGUUCUGCUGGUGAAUUUGAGGACCAGCAAGUUGAUGACGACAGUGCAGAAGAUGAGGAUAACAUCAUAAUCAACAUUGUGGGCAAAAAAGGGAAACCUCUAUUGGGUAGUCAGGAAGCAAAACUUGACUGGAGACAGGAUUCAAAUGUUUCUCACUCUGGCAAUGAGCUCAAACAGCAUAGAAGCGAUUCCGCAUAUCCUAAAAAGGAGACGAAAUCAUCAUUCCUUAAUGGAGAUGGCCAUUUGAGUGAAUCCUUGUCUAGGAGUCGCUUGAAAGAGUUGGACAUCUCCUUAGGAGCUCCAAGUACUGAAAAAGGAAAAGGUGUCAAACACUCAACUCCAAGUGUUUCAGGAAAGAGGAAGUCAUCAUGGAAAGAACUUGUAGGCCAGGGGAGCAGUAGCACAUUUAGUAUUUCUGAAGUAUUGACAACUGUAGGUUCCAGCAAGAAGAAGGCCAGAAAAUCAGACAAUUUGUCCAAGUUUAGUGCAGUUGAGAAGAACCCUUUGGGCCACGAAAAGAGCGAAGAAUCGGAUGAAGCAGAACAUGCAGGUAAUGGAAGCAGUAAACAAUUUAGUAUCUCUGAAGUUUUGGCAGGUGCAGAUUCCAGCAAUAAGGAGAUGUUGUUGAGAGAUGAACAGAGUGAAGGGAAAUUAAGUGAAACAGAACUUACGGACAAUGAUGGCUCUGGUUCAUUCAAUGUAUCGGAAGUACAGACAAGUACUGAGUUCAAUGACGAAGGAAAAUCUGAUGAUAUGACUGAAAACAGUCCUGAAAGUAAUAAAGAACUGACAAGCAAUGAAAAGAGCCAAUUGAAUGAGAAAGAAAUUGUAAAAAGUCCGGCAGAUGUUAAGGAUACCAAACAAACCUCCACUUCAGAUAAGUCAGGCAGGGGUUCAGCAUGGCUUCAUAAGUCCUCAUGGACACAGUUGGUCAGUGGGAGUAAUGGCAGUUUAUUUAGAAUCUCUGAAAUCUUGCCUGGUGGGUCUACUGGUAAACAAACACCAUCUGUUGCCGAAGCUGUGAAACCUGCUAGCUCCACAGGUGAUCAACAUGAUGAUAAACUGGACCUUGUUGAAAUCAGCGAACCUGUGAAGGAUUUGGUCGGCAGUAUAGAGAGAGAUGUAGAAGGGUCCGAUGAAGCUAGUCAGCAGAAUGUUGCAAACAAGAAUGAAGGGUCUAGUUCAACUGCUGAAAAGGAGCCGACUUUAGCAGCAACAAAGCUAGUGAUUGGGGAAACUUGCUCAUUUAUGAGAAGUGCUGCAUCUUUAAAAGAGUGGCAAAAGGCCAAAGCAGCUCUCAAGGGAUCUGGCAAAAGAAAGAGGCAGUAAAAAGUCUGAUCUAAUGCAUGUGUCUUUGCCCUUAAUUUUGGUAGCUAACAGUUGUUAUAUUUCAACUUUUGGAAUUGUUUUACUACUGGCAAUCUGUAUUGCUGUGUGCUUGGUGUAAUAUUGUUGUUCCAUUCUGUCUUCCUAUGUGAGAAUGGUUCGCACCCUACCAUAAUGUAAUGACCAAAUUAAGCAACAUUCCUCAUUUCUGGAUGAAGUGGUCUCUCUCCAUAUGGUCUUUAACUUUGGCAAUUCAUGAAUGACCAAAUUUUAAAGAUUGCUUUGGCUCCUCCAUUGUUUUGGUACUGGGAGACAGAUCUAGUUUCUUGUGUACUUUUGAUCAAAGUUUGUGUUUGUUGCAGUAGAUCAGGAGUAACUCAAGCUGGACGGUUCCCUGGGUUCUGACAACUUAUAAGUGUCUUAAUUGAGCAAUUAUAAAGCACAGGUACACUCGGCAAUGAAUCUGAAUUGUAGGA